CUGGCCCAUCAUGUAGCUGCAGCACAGCCUUCCCUAACGUUGCAACUGGGAGAAAAAUCACUUUCCAGACUGUUUUGCAAGGUGUGCAAUUACAUCUUGACUCCCUGAAAGUCCAUCUGCUGCAUCGGUCAAGAGAAACUCCACUUGCAUGAAGAUUGCACGCCUGCAGCUUGCAUCUUUGUUGCAAAACUAGCUACAGAAGAGAAGCAAGGCAAAGUCUUUUGUGCUCCCCUCCCCCAUCAAAGGAAAGGGGAAAAUGUCUCAGUCGAAAGGCAAGAAGCGAAACCCUGGCCUUAAGAUUCCAAAAGAAGCGUUUGAACAGCCUCAGACCAGUUCCACGCCACCUCGAGAUUUAGACUCCAAGGCUUGCAUUUCUAUUGGAAAUCAGAACUUUGAGGUGAAGGCAGAUGACCUGGAGCCCAUAGUGGAGCUGGGACGAGGUGCGUACGGGGUGGUGGAGAAGAUGCGGCAUGUACCCAGCGGGCAGAUCAUGGCAGUGAAGAGGAUCCGGGCCACGGUCAAUAGUCAGGAGCAGAAACGGCUACUGAUGGAUCUGGAUGUUUCCAUGAGGACAGUGGACUGUCCGUUUACCGUCACCUUCUACGGUGCGCUCUUCCGGGAGGGUGAUGUGUGGAUCUGCAUGGAGCUCAUGGAUACGUCACUAGAUAAAUUCUACAAACAAGUCAUUGAUAAAGGCCAAACAAUUCCAGAGGAUAUCUUAGGGAAGAUAGCAGUUUCUAUUGUAAAAGCAUUAGAGCAUUUACACAGUAAGCUCUCUGUUAUCCAUCGAGAUGUCAAACCUUCUAACGUGCUCAUCAACACGCUGGGCCAAGUGAAGAUGUGUGAUUUUGGAAUCAGCGGCUACUUGGUGGACUCUGUUGCUAAAACAAUUGACGCAGGUUGCAAACCAUACAUGGCUCCUGAACGAAUAAACCCGGAGCUCAAUCAGAAGGGCUACAGUGUGAAGUCUGACAUUUGGAGUCUGGGCAUCACGAUGAUUGAGCUGGCCAUCCUUCGGUUUCCCUACGACUCUUGGGGAACCCCCUUCCAGCAGCUAAAGCAGGUGGUAGAAGAGCCAUCCCCCCAGCUCCCCGCAGACAAGUUCUCCGCGGAGUUGGUUGACUUUACCUCACAGUGCUUGAAGAAAAAUUCCAAAGAACGGCCCACGUAUCCAGAGCUUAUGCAACAUCCAUUUUUCACCCUACAUGAAUCCAAAGCAACAGACGUGGCAUCUUUUGUAAAACUGAUACUUGGGGACUAAAAAAUCAUGGACUUAACUGGUUGACCCUACUGUGGAUUGGUGGGUUUACAGGGUUAAGUGAGUUCACCACAGCGCCAACAGAAAGUCAUCUUGAGAUCAUUGAACCCUGCCUUUUUGAGAGUUUUCUCUCCCUAUUUUUUUUUUCUUUUCCCUUUCCAAAGGGGGCCUUGGAAUCUCUAGUAUAGAAUGAACUUUCUAGAUGGAUUAAAUAUGAUAAAGGCUUAGGACUUGAAAAGGUGAUUAGAUAUUUAAUCAGACAAGUCCUCAAGCUUCUCAGAUUUCUCGUGUUCUUCACAAAAUGAACGCAUUGGCCCUGGUAACAAAGGUGCUACAGUAGUGAUGAAAUUGUGAAGUAGAUUUGUAGUGUUUCCCAUUUAUUAUUUUAAUAUUUAUGUUUCAGUGCUUGGUUGGAAAUAUUCCAUUUUAUGCAAGAAGGGAGAUACAGAGACAAGGCUCACUUGGCAGUAUUUAUAGGGCUUUUAUUUUUUAAGUUCAAUCAUGUCUGUGGUCCAGAGAAAGUUAUUUAAUAUGCAUUGUAAGAAUAUUAUAAAAAUCUCAAUAGAAGGGGCUCUUCCCGGGCGGCGUGGCUUGCAGCUCUCCCAGCUGCUGCUCCUGACCUUCACCUCAAUCUUGGGUAAUCACUAGCAUCUUCUGAGUGAAUUGUCAGAGUAUCUUGAUCAUACCGCCCCCCCACCUUCCAACUUUGGAAAACAUGAAAGUCACUUGUAUUAUGACUCAAAGAGUUUAAAAACAACAACAACAACAAUGGUUCUCUUCAAAUUUGUGGAAUAGUUUUAGUGGAAAAUGAAAACAAUGAAAAGUGA